AUGUGCUGCUUUGAUUUGUGCAUAAGAGGAGCUUGCUGCUGCUGUUAGGCAUUUUGCAAUGAUAUUUGCAGAUCUUUAAAGAGAGUUUUCACUCUUUCUAUUAGAUAGUAGAUGAGACUGGCUUACAUUUCUCUCUUUUUUGUUUUCACUCUUUUAACAUUAUUUUCAAUGUAUUAAAUUCCUGGAUGGCUUGGUGUUUGGAGUAAAUUUAUUCAUUGUCCUUCAGAAUCAUCUCAUCCAAAAGACAACAUGGCUUGCUUGGGUAUUAGUGCUUUGUACAGAAUGAGUUUUAGUUUAGUUAUUUUAUUUUCUAUCUUAGUUCUAUUUUGUUUGCUAAGGAAUGAAGCUAGCAAAUUUGUAAACGAAAAUUUCUGGUUCUAAAAGAUUAUUGGAUUGAUUGCUCUUUUUAUUUUGUAGAUGUGGAUUCCUAAUGAUACAUACAUCAUUUAUGGUAGUGUUUCAAAAUUAUUUGGAGUUAUCUUUGCUCUGUUUCAGUCUAUUAUGUGUAUUGAUUUAUUCUACUCUUGGAGCGAAGUUUGGGUAAAGCAAUACGAAUAAGGAGUUGGUAUUUAUGAGUAUUUACUAUAUAUUUUUUCCUUUGGAUGCUAUGCAUCAACUUUUUAUUUAAUUUACAACAAUUACCAGCUUUAUCCUUGCUCAGGUACCUAAAAUUUAAUUAAUAUACUUAUUGUUGUUGCUAUUUCUAUCUUAAAUCUUAGUCCGAUCAAUGCAAAACCCAGCAUACUCACCUGUGGAGCAGUUUGUCUUUUUAUUACAUAUUUGAAUUGGUCUGCUAUGACUAACAUCUAAUAAACUGAAUGCAACUAUUAUGCUAACAAACAAGAAGCUUUUAUACAAAUUGAAGGUUUUAUAGGCGUAUUUUUAAUUAUACUUUCUCUUGGAUAUAUUACAUUUGGCACAGCUGAUGAAAGCAGUCGCUAUAGUUAAAUUCCAUCAGGUGACAAUUUGAUGGCUUCCCUAAGGAAAAGUGAAUUGGAAGAAAAAGAUAGUGAUGAUGAUGACUUUUUAAUUGAAGCAGGAUAUUCCGAUGUAGUUGAUUUAGAGUAAGAUGCAAUAGAUCUGACAAAAAUAGAAAAGAGAAACUCUCAAAAGAAAGAUGAUAGUAAUAAAAGUGCAGAAUCUACAGCUUAAGCAGUAAGAAAAGAACUAAAAAGAUUAAGAGAAAUGCGCCAAUUAAGAAGAAUGAAAGACUAUAAAACAAACACUUAUAUUUAUUUCCAUGCUAUUAUGAUCUUGAGCUCAUUCUAUAUUGUAAUGCUGUUAACUAACUAUGGUGCUAUUCAAAUUGAUGAAAAAAUAGACUGGACAACAUAUAAGACCAGCAAUAGCUCUAUGAAUAUAAAAUUUGGAAUUUCUUAUUUCACAACUUUUAUCUACAUUUGGACCAUAGUAGCACCUCUUAUUUUCCCUGAUAGAUAAUUUUGA